CUGAUUAACUUUUUCUUCUUCGUUUACUUGGAAUUAAAUUUUAAUCUUGUUGAAUAUUAGAUUCUGUUUAUCUGAUUGUUCCUGUUCCGAUUGUGGUGAUUUGUUUGGAUGGUUAACUGUUGUUUUUGGUUCUUUUUCUCUGCCUUCCCCUUGGUGAUUUGAUUGUCAAUCUUUUGAUUUGGUUUUGUGAUUUUUUUUGUUGAUAAUUUAGUUGAUUGUCUUGUGUCUUUUUAGGUUAAUUUGUUAAUUACGUGUUUCAUUUUCGGAUGGUGUGUUAGGUUUUGGUUAUUAUGGAUUUUAAAGCUUUUACAGAGGAAAAUUUUGAUUCAGUUGAUUGGAUUAACGAUACUCUUAAUUCGGUACCAAAAGAGGAGGAUAAAGAAAGUUAUGCUUCUAAUAUUGUCUUUAAACUACAAUUGUUUAUCCAGGAAAUCAAUCAAUCACUGGAGGAAACCGCUCUUAGUGUUAUCAGUAAUUUACCUAAAUUAAAUCGAGACAUUGAAGUUUUAAGUGAUCAAGCCAAGGAAUUUAAAGAUGAUUUCGUUUCUAUUAAGGAAGAGAUUAAUAAUCUUGCAGAUGAUUCAGAUGAUAGAAUGAAUCGAUUAGCCAAUAUUGACCGAAUUAAAUCAUCAAUUGAGAUGAAAUUGGCUGAAUACAAUGAUUUAGAUAACCGUGACAAUUAAAUGAUCAUCAUUAAUUGAAUAAUUAUUAAUAUCAAAUUUAUUCUUCCAAGGAUUUUAAAAAUCUCUUUUUGAUUGUAACACAAUACAUAUUUCUAUGUAUUUAUAUAUAUUUCCACUUGAUUAAAUGCAAGCCACAUUGUUUUCAACUGAU